GUUCGGUUCUUAGGAUUAUCGGUGCUGAGAUGUUGGUGCUAGUUCGCAGCUCUGACAUAUUGAUUGUAAGAUCCGGUUGGGCUCUCGGUGUCGUUAUAUCUGCGAAUGAUUCAAUAAUUUCUCGUGCUAAAAUUAUGCCGAAAAGUGCGUGAUACGAGAAUAGCGUGUCCGUUAAGCUAUUAAAAUCUGGGCGAAAACAAUCAUGGAUAAGUGGAAAAGUGUAGUUUGGUCGGUAGUGUUGGUGACACUGCUGCUAGUGAUUCCUCUUCAGGCCCAUAAAAAAAAUCCCCUCAAAGAUCCCAGAAUAUGUGGCAGGCCCACGUGUUCGCAGGCAAACAACAAGUUUCGAUAUAACGUGGGUAGCAUGUACAACUACGAGUACUCGAUGAUCGUGAAGACAGCGUUAGCAGGCAGUGGUGAUAAUACAUCCGAGCUGCAUGUAUCGGCUACCGUUACACUCGAUAUUCACGCACCUUGCCAGGGUGUGCUGAAACUGUCCACGAUCGAAGUGCGGGAACGGGCUGCUCCACAGACCGAACCAGAUGAUCUGGACUACGGUGACUACAAUAAUAUGCCCGAUCUGAGCGAAACAAACGAUGUCCAUUCGAAGAGCGAACUGAUAGCAGAGCAGUUGAUGAAUUAUGAUCUGCGGUUCGCGUUCCAUGAUGGUACCAUCAGCGAGAUCUGCCACGAGGACAGCGAAUCCGUCUGGACGCUCAACCUCAAGCGCGGUAUCCUUUCAACGUUGCAGAACACAAUGCCGCGGUUCGACAUUGAUUUCCAGACGACGGAAACAGAUGUGUCAGGCAUAUGCGAUGUCACAUAUAAGACAAGCGGCCGGAAAGGGACGCAGUUGCUGUUCCGCAAGACGAAAGAUAUUGGGUCAUGUAAGCGACGAUAUAAGACUACGUCCUUCAUACAAACCGUACCAUACGAUUUUCGACCGAAUUACGUUGCUUGGCCAAUUCUGAACUCAACGAGCUACUGCGAGAUCACCGUAGAUAACUACAUAUACAAGAACGUUUUGUGCUACGAACGGCAUCAGCUGGUACCGUUUUCGAAUGGGUUGGCGGGCGCGGUUACUGAAACCUCGACGAAGCUCAGCUUUUUCCAGGAAGAAUCUUACACGCAGGAAGAGCCAAAAGAUGAACUGGAUAUCCAGCAAAGGUCCUCAUUGCUGUAUGAUCACACACCUUCCGUGAGAGAGAGUCACGAUGAAUUGAAGGCGUCCCGCGAGCUCCUGAAGCAGCUGUGUGCUCUCGGUUUUCCCAACAUUCGUCGCAAUUUUCCCGACGUUUUCCUCAACUUUCUGGGUGCCGCCCGGACACUGUCGAUGAACGCGUUGCACCAACUGCUCUUCCGCUCACAUAGUAUCUGCGACAGUGGGCGCAGUCACAUACUCGCCAGUUUGCCAUACAUUGGCAGUCCGGCAUCGGUGGCGCUUAUGAAGGAUCAGAUCGUAAAGCGAGAAGUGUCGACGGAGGAUGCUCGCGGGUGGAUGAAAUCGUUAGCCUUCCUCAAGCGACCAAAUACGGAGGUGCUCGAGUCGAUGCUAGAGCUGAUUGAACACGGCAAAACGAUCAGUGAAGGAAUGUACUAUUAUCUCCCGGCGACUAUGGUCGUGAACACAUUCUGCCAGAUCCAAGCCAAUUGCGAAGAUUCGGAAAGUGUGCAAUCGAUCGUGCAGUUUUUCGAAACGGAGCUCCACGAGGUGAUCGGAGGAAGUGGAACGGAAAAUCAGAGGCAACUGUUGGUCAUCUUACUAAAGUCACUAAGUAAUAUGGGAGUGGUGAGUAAGGAAUUGAAUCAGGAGCUGCGUCGUAUCAUCGAAGGGAGUGAACUGGGAACGGAAGUACGCGUGGAAGCGGUGAACGUGUUCCGUCGCCACGACUGCCAUCGUACGAAGGACUACUUCCUAAAGCUGUACUCAACGACGGAACUAGAGGUAGAGGUACGGAUUGCUGCAUACCUGCAGACCAUGCGCUGUCCAGACCAUCUCUCUAUUAAGCUGAUCAAACAUGUGCUGAAAACGGAGGAAGUGAACCAGGUCGGUUCGUUUGUCUGGUCGCAUCUGACAAACCUGGCCAAAAGUGCCUCACCCGUGCGUGUCGAAGCACAGGGAUUGUUGGCUGAGGAUGAUCUCGGAAAGAAGUUUAACCUGGAUAUUCGCAAGUUUUCGCGCAACUAUGAGCAGACACUGUUCUUCGAUGAGUACAACUUUGGCCUCACGGUCGAUAGUAACGUGAUCUUCGGAAUGGAGUCGUACGUGCCACGGACAAUACGCUUUAACAUGACGACCGAUCUGUUCGGUGAAUCGAUCAACUUUGUCGAGCUGAAUAUUCGAGCGGAAGGACUGGAAGAUAUGGUGCAGGAGUUUUUCGGACCCAAGGGUACACUAAGCGCCAAGAUGGUCAACGAGAAGCUGCAGCAAAUGUUGAAAAUGCUGAAAAGAUACAUACCGUCGUUCCUGGUGGAACGAUUUUGGAGUGAAGACCUCGGCGGAGAUGAAAUGGGUCGUGACGGUGAAGAUGGCCGCCGGAAGCGCGCAUCCGAAGACCGCAUGUCACCAACGCUCAUUGCUAGAGCACUGCAGAAUGAGGCGGAACAGUUGGGUUUCCGUUUGAAGAGCAACUUCAGUUUCCCGCAGCUGACGAUCGGAGUGAAGAUCUUUGGCAAUGAAAUACUGUACCUAACGGAAGACCUGAGGGUACAGCAGCGCCAGAUGAAGUGGGAUUUAUUGAAGGAGGCGUUCUCGGGGAAGGAGGUGUCAUUGACGAAAUCUGCCAUCUUCCUGGACGCCGCGUACGAUGUGCCAUUAUGCUCGGGGUUACCGCUGGGCCUCAGCAUUGUUGGCGCCUCCUCCGUCGACCUGCGCAUGACAGCAGUGGCCCGGUUGUUCGACAUUUGGCGCCAGCGGGCCGAUUUGGAGGGUAAAAUCAAACCGAGUGUCAGUGUGGAUCUGACCGCAACUAUGAAAAGUGAUUUCAUGCACGCAGGAACGUCACUUAAGGUGAAAACGAACCUCUACUCGAGUUCGGCCUGGGAAGCUAAGCUGUUGGCGAGGGGCCCUGAUCUAGUCCAGCUUCAGGUCAACUUUCCGCAGGAUCGUAACGAAAUAAUGAGCGUCCGAUCGGAGAUAUUGGUAUUGGCGGAGGAAGGACGUGAGCUGCUCCAACCCGGUAUUAACCGGCGCUACGCAAAUUCAACCUGCACAUGGCCAGUGAUCGACCAGGCGCUCGGUCUAAAGCUGUGCGCCAACUAUAGUCUGCCGGACGUGAUCAACGGGGGCGAACAGGAGCUACCGAGCCUAAUACUCAGCGGACCGGCAAACUUCGAUGUUACGCUAGAGAAAGCGGACCUAACAGCAAAGGCUUACCUAUUCAAGUAUACUUGGGUGCGACCGAACGGCGGGAAGCGAGCGAUCGGUACGAUCGUGUUCGAAACACCCCACUCGCAUAUUCCGCGCAUUUUCCGAGCGAAUAUAACGCUGGACGCAAACCGUAACACCGCCAUCAUGUCAUUCGUCAAUGGAAAAAUCUCGCACAAAGCAAUGGGUGCCUUCACCAACAAGCCGAACCAGAAGCGGUUAGAGAUUUCGCUAAACGUAAAUGAUCGGAAGUAUCUAGCGCUAGAGAUGGGCUACAACAAUACGGUCGUCCGGAACGGUCGCCGAUACUACCCUUCGUUCUACCUGUCGGUGAAUAAUGAGCGUAUCGCCGGCCUUGGCGGACAUGUUAACGAAACGGAUAAAAAAAAUGUUACCCAGUGGGACUAUAAUAUCGUUUUCGAGACGAAGCGACUGAGAGCGAAGGCGAUGGGUUAUGUUUCAUUGUCCUACAAUUCCACUAUUAUGAUAUACAACAACAUGGAAUAUCAGUUUUCGUCGAGCAAACUAGAAAACCUGGUCGUUAACGCCAUGAUUGAAAAGGCCAAAAAGGAAAUCAUGUCUUGCAGUGGUUUUUUCAAUAUGCGCUCGAGCGCCUAUCCGCAUUUCGAUGUAGCUAUCAACGGUACUUAUCUGGUAAAUGUAGGACGAUACGAUUUGGAGCUGCUUUACAACAACGCACCAGACUUGAAGGACCAGAAUUACACGACAACAAUAAAGGUGAUCUUUACGCAGGAAAGUCCUGAUAGACUGUAUCUGGCAUCCGACGAGAGCGAUCAGUACGAUCGCUUCAAACAUCGAACCUCUUUAACAAUGGCAUUGGCACGACCUCGCGCAAAAACGGACAUGCGAAUGGUGUUAAGCCACGAAAAUAUGAUGAAGAAGGGUCAGGAUCACAAGGUCACAAUGGAUAUACGAUACGCUCCGCAAAGGGAGGUACAUGGGUUGGUUACGUUCGCUAUGCCAGCAUCCCACGAAUUUUUGUUUGAAACUGGCAUGAAUCUAACAGUGCCUGGCUUCCAUCCGUUAAUAGUGAACCUGAAAGUGUGGGAGAAGAAUCCUAGGGCGCACCAGUUUGAGUUCCGGGGAGUGUGGUUCUCGGCACACGCCCUCAAUGUAAGUGGUUGGUACAUGGAUCGUAGCUCGUUCGCUAAAAGUUUUCACCAUGCGAAGCUGGAUAUCAAAACGGGGCCCACUGUGCGGGAGGUGCUGGGUUUGUUCAAAUAUGUUCAUGAUGUGCAGGGAAAUGCGUUAAACAUAACAGCGGAGUACGACAAGCAACCAUACGCAAUUUUCGUUCGUCAUGGCCCAUCACUAAAGAACAACAUUAGUGGUACGGAAAGCUAUACAGAGGUUCGCUGGAAUGAUGCAUUGUACUGGUUUUCGGCCCUGAUGAAAUCGGCACCGAUCAAGCAGCUCGAUCUGGAGUUACAUAUCGAUAAGUUACGUGAUAUUAGCGUUUCAUUGCGAGGUUAUUCCACGGAUCUGAAACGAGAGGUUGGGAUCGAGUUGAAAUGGGAUGCGAAUCGGGAUCCAACGCAGCGAGUGAAAAUAUCCGGUGAACUAAAUACUCCAACCAACGGCACGUACGUCGGCUUGGUCUUGCUGUCAUACCCCAAUCGAUCGUUCAGUGGAACGUUCGAUUUAAAGAUGCUUGAUGCGCGAUAUCUAGCUAACGCUCGUAUCUCGUGGAACACGAGCGAAGCGAUCGAGAUGCGACUGGAUGCCGGUACGGAUGAUGAGAUGCUGCAUAACAUCUGGCUACUGUUUCAACUCAAUACACCAUUUGACGGUUGGCACCGUAACGCCCUAAACGGAGGGUUCUACUACAAAGACAGUCUGCUCCGGACCAACAUUUCCGCGCACUGGGCUGAGGAUCAGAAUCUGGGUAUGGAGCUGAUGGGUUACUACAUGUCCAACGAGACCGUAUUCAACUGUGAGCUCGACACGAAGUUGCACAGCUCCAUCCCACAUGUCCCAACCGCAAGAUUACAUUUGAAACACAACUACGAUCAGAAGUGGUUCGAAACGAUCUGUACAUACAACUACACGGUUACAGGUGAGCCGCCGCAGGUGUUGUCGGUGCACUCAAACUGGCAGUACGACGUUGACGGUCGCCAUCGAAAUGUGACAGGUUCACUGAAGUUCGAAAGUCCUUUCGAGGGUUACCAAACAGGCGCGCUGGUGAUGAUGGUGACAUUCAGCGAAAAUCGUGCAGUAACGGGCGCGGCCGAGCUGAAGCUCGCGGAUGAGAAGUAUGACAUGAUAGUCUUGGGUCACGUGCGUAAUAUUGUCGACUGCAUGCUAACGACGAAUGUUACCUCAUCGAAUCCAAGCUUCCGCGAAAUAAACGGUCGCUUCGGGUUUAUAGAGAAGGAACGACACUUCGUGGCAGAAGUUAUCACACCAACGACAACGCUCGGCGUAGAGUUGUUGUUUGCGGUGGUUUCAUCGCAGAACUACGACAUCAAGAUUCAUUUCGCUACUCCGCUGAAGGAUUGGGAGAAAGCAAUCUUGCGGGCGAAGCUGCAACAAGACAAUAUCGAUUUCCGGGCAGGCCUGAACAGCAUCAUGAUCGGCUGUACGGGCGUUUGGCGUUGGGCACACGGGAAGGAUUUCGAGUAUUCGUACCGGAUCUACACACCACUGCCCAAGUUCGAGGAGAGCGCACUGACCGCAAAGCUAGUCAUCGACAUCGAACAACCCGAAUACGUGGAUGUGGAGCUUUCGGGCAAAUUCUCGGAGUAUCGCCUAGGGUUUAAGGCGAAAUCAAAACCGCAACCGAAACUACUUCGCAACUUACCAGCCGUCGGGUACAAAACCGUUGAUACCGAUAAUGAGAGCGAAGAAGAUGAGGAAGAGGAUGAGCUUAACUUCAUCGGUGACAUUGAAUUGUACACCAUCUUUUGGCCAACGAUCAAUGGUACGCUACAGCUGACUCAGCGGGACAUAAAGUAUCAGGCAACUGGUAAAAUUGUUUUACCGCAGGGAGUAAUCGAUCUGGAGGAUACUUUCAUACAAGAGGAUCUGCUCAACACAAUGAACAUUCUGGUGAUACGUACACCGUUUCCGGUGGCGAAGGAAAUCAAGUCGGAAGUUGUACUAAAGGUGCCUGCAGAUGGCACCGACAUAACAGUUGGUAUGAACUUAAAGUUCUGCAAUCGCUCGGAAUGGGUCAACACCGGGUUCCAUGUGAACUACAAGUACCAUCAGGAUGAAGCCGAGGUACACAAACAUUAUGCACUCGUCAAUCUGAUGACACCGAUCAAAAACCUGCAGGAAGUGUUCCUUAACGGUACAUUGGAGCUAGAAGAUCACAGCUACAAGGGCAACCUGUCGGCCAGAACGAUGACGACGAAUGCUUCGCUCGCAUUGUUCUUUGAGAGUGAGGAUCAAUUCAUUGAUACGUUCAUGAGCGUUUGGGUACGAGCACCGUUGAUGCCGUACUACGCAUGUCGUGUCUUUUACAAACAGGACUUUGCCAGCACCGACAAUAUGAUGGAUUUGGGAUUCGACGUUCACGACGGCACGCUGCACAGUGACUUCCGCGUCAAUGGUUCUUGGUCUUUUGCGGCGCCACACUUCAUUACCGGUACUGGCCGCUAUCACUCUAAUUUCCUGCCAAUCAGCAAGCUGAACACCGAAUUUGAGUUUACGCGAUCGCCUAUACCGAAGGCGAUGGUGAACGUAAGGCUCAGUAAACGGAACAGCUCAGAAGAGUGUAAGAUUAGCGCGCGAGCUGAACGACACCGGGAGAUGUUCACAAUCAAGCUGAACGUACCCAUAGAAGGCUACAACAAUCUGUCCAUUGAUGGUCGGCUCCUGCAUAUUAAGGGAAGUGAAUAUAACAUUUCUGGGUUAUUACAUAGCAAUGACCAAGUCCUUCAGUUCGAUGGCAACGCUGUGAUCAUUGAAGACAUACCGUACCGUGCCGAUGUUAAGCUACAGUCGCUGGGGCCGAUUGUAUCGGAUGGAAAAAUACACUACAGCUGUACCCAACAGUCUAUGGUGACAGCGUUUGCUCUACAUGUAGAAAAGGGAAACCAGAUGGCAAAGUUGGACGGUAGCUUCAAACUGCUAGCCAUGUCCGAUUGGUUCGUUAAAAUUGCAGCAGACUCAACGGUGGCGAGCUUAAGGGAGGUAGACCUUUACCUUGGCAUUACACCAGAAACCACUGACAAGGCCCUGGGGAAGUUCAACAUUCGUUCGCCCUGGGUUAGCUAUGGUAUCGAUCAGGCUGAUGUUGAGAUGGAAUUUGAUGUGCAGCCGAUAUCGGGCUCGGUGGUUGCUCGUUAUGGUAUCCGGGAAGUGGCGGGCAAUGCGAGCUGCGCAUGGAACUGGGCACUGAAAUCGAACAUGCAGUUUGCACUCGAAAAUCGGGUUGUUCACAAUUCUGUCCAGCGCAUUUUCCGCACCGGAGUCCGGUACGUGAGCCCAGAUGUGGCUAACAAUCACAACAUUACCUUUGGCGGGGACCUGAAUCUUAAUAAUAUCUGGGUCUUUAGCUCGAAUGCAUCAGUAGAUUUCUUCUCGAUCCGUGAUUUGUCCGGUGUUCUGAAGGUGCAGCUACCGAAGCCGGUAGGCGAUCUUCAUACGUUGGCGUUCGAGAUGAGAGGUAACCUGCCAUUCAUCGAACCGGUCAAAUCAUUCAACAUGAAGACGUCCUACGAGACGGAUGAAAGUCGGAAGCGGUAUGCGUACGUUUCGGAAUACAGUUACCUCGGCCAUUUGAGAUCGUUGGUGAGGUUCGAAUGGGGACCCGAUCCAAGGCAGCAGCGGGUGCAAACUAAUGUCAACUUGAUUCGCGUGGGGGAAAAGCGCGAGUUGGAAGCUAUACUGCAAGGCCCUUGGUAUAUGGAAGAUACGUUUACAGCAUACGGAACUUACGAUUUUCGAGAAGCACUACAUAUCAUGAGUUGUAAUAUCUCCAUACCGGCGUCUACGAAGGUUGCCAGUGCCAAUGUGGCAUUCAAUAAUCUCUCGAACAUGAAGGGUGAUGUGAACUGUACGACACCGUUUUUGAACGUUACCUGGGUUCAUGGACAGCUGGAGUUUAUUGAAACGCCCCUGGAAUCGAUUCGGUAUGUGAAGGGUACUUGGCCGGAAUCGAGUGCUGUAUUCGACGCAAAGGCCACCUACCGUCAGCACAAUCAGGACCGUGAGCAGCAGGGUACGAUCAAGAUGGAAUUACCACUGAAAACGCGCCACUAUGCGGAGGUAAAGUACGGGCUGGCUCAACGUCCAGCAAUUACGACCGGUCAUGCCGAAGUGGACUACAACUCCAAUAAGAUACUCAACGGUCAGUACACUUCAAAAGAGGAAUCCAGAGCCGGGUUUGACAAGAAAACGAUAGACGUUACCUUGGAGAACAACUUUAUGCCACUCGGAGUGCACUAUGUACAUUCGCUGAGCCUGCUAGAUGCCGAUAUUCGCACUCUGGACUUUAAGCGUGCCGAAGUGUUUCAGUUACGAAACAACAAAAACUUCAAUAUCACUGGAGAAGUACACGUGCUGAACAAGGCGACGGGACGAGAAUAUUUGAUAAAGGCUAUUCAUCCGAACCGAACCGUUGUGCUAACGGCAGACUUUGAGCAGCAAGACAAAGUCGAUCGCAAGCAGUCCCGACUGGAGCUGGCACCCACUGUUUGGGUUGCGUUCGAUUUGCUCCUGACAAAUCGUUCAAGAGAUGAUUUGGAAUCGAAAAACAUUACACUCCAGGUUUCAUACCCGAAGCGUAACAUCUCGGCCGAAGGUUGGUACGCGUACACGGAGAAUGCCUUCGAUUCGGACAUCUCGCUCUCAUACAGCCCAAACCAAACGAGCGAACAGGAUACGAUGGCGGUGCUAGCCGAUCGUACGCUACGAGGAGGCGUAGUCUGGCGUGAUCUAGCGAAUGUUAGCACCAGUGGUCAGAAUCUGCGAAUUGUCGUGGGUCAUCCUAGCUUCAAGCAGGAUGUGACGCUCGAUGCAUAUUACUUCACCAAUCCUUCCCACUGGUUUAGCUCAAAGUUGGAGCUUCGCUAUAACGACGAUGAUCAGCAUCUGUUCACGACUGGAUUCAAUCUGAAUGAUAUGCGACCUAUCGUAGGCUACUGGAAUUAUUCGUACGAUCUUUUUACGGUGCACGAAUCGUCCGAUUUGGCGCUGAAUUCGAUUGGAUCGAUCGGAAUACGUGAUGGGUUGUAUGGUGUGAGCUCCAAUUCUGUCUAUCAGCGAGCGUAUCUUUCGCGCAUGCAAGGUCACGUGCUGGGAACACUAAACGUUCCGCACAAGGAGCUGCUCUUUGAGCGCAUGACAUCGCAAAGCAAGUACCGUCUGUGGGUGAAGAGUGCUGGUGGUUAUCCCGUGUACAUGAUCAACGGUACGCUGAUCGAUGGAGUGGAGGUCGAUGCAAACGGGUUCUUCUAUCUAGACAUCAACGACAAGCUUGUUCAGUUGCGGGUGAAUGUUACACCGGAUGGGUCCGAGAACAUCCACAUGUAUGGUGUGAUACCGGACACGCGUAGUGCGUACUUUGACUUCUGGCGGGAUUACAACGAGUCACGUAUGGUGGACGUAGCGAGCUAUCUCAAAAUGAACCAUUCCAGGCUCAUCACGGGUCACCUCCUAUGGCGGCCGCAGAUCAAAUCCGAUUUGCUAGAGUGGUUCGGUGAAUACUUCAAGGGACUGCACACCUCCUUUUUGGAGUACACCGAAUUUUGGAUUAAGCACAUAUACCUAGAGUCUAAAGACUCGACGUUGGGCAUUUAUGAGGCCGCCCUGCCACACGUUGAAGGGUUCCUAAAUGACGUGUCCGGGUUAAGCGUGCUGCAGAAUGAUCUGGACGAUUUGCAACGCUUCCUCAAUGCAUCCUAUGUGGCAGAUGAUUUCUACAUUCGGUCGGCCAUCAAUUUCACAGUCUCAAUACUGGACGAGCUGGCGCUGCGUAACAAGAUUACUUCGUUGCCGAAAUUCUUGACCGAGCUGGCACAGCUGAUGGGUGACUCUGGGCAAGCGCUUGGCAAAUCGCUGACCAAGCUACUCGAGCGUAUCAAACAAGCGUUCCACAAUUUUUCCGAAAUUAUAGGACGUAUAUUCGCGGGUGAUGCAAUGCGGUAUCUCUCAUCUACGCUGGAGGAAUCACUCCAGCGUUACGAUAACUUUAUCAAGCAACUUCAUCUGCAGUUUAUUAAGAACAUCCAAGAACUCUGGGACAAGUGUACGAACAUGGCAACUAUCUUCUGGCACAGAAUGUUGCAGAACAUUGAACCCACCAUCAUCCGGAUUGUACAUUAUUGCGAAUCGCUAAGCUGGUAUGUCGGCAAUGAGAUAUUUACGUUCCUGUAUGACAAAACGCAAAAGCUUGCCGACUCCCCGUACUUCAAUACCGUAACCAACUUUACUCAGGAUCUCGAUAUGCUUUACAAGGAUCUUGUAACGAAUGAUGUCUUCACCAACACGAAGAAGUACUCGGCCGUGACGUUUCGGUUUCUGCGCGAAAAGUACUUCCAGAUUGUACCAUUUGCGCGCGAGUUCCACCGGGUUAUGAUAGAACUGGUCGAGGAGAUCAAGGAGUUGCAGAAGGUGGAAUUCGUACAGUUCUUCAUCCAGCGCUACGAGGAGGCGGUGGGGAAGCUGGAAUGGUUGGCCGAAGAGUUUCAAGUCGAACGACGGUUGCAGCAGAUGUGGAUGAUUCUGCGCAACAAACUAACGCAUAUUGCACAGACGGCAUUGCAGGCGGAGAAUCAUUAUCGCGAAGCGAAGACGAAGUUUAUUUUCGAUCCGGACAAUGGUAUAAUGGAGUUGGAACAAAAACUACCGAUGUCCUGGCAUGCGUUUAACGAAACGCCCAAGUACGAGGAAAUACCGGAGAUCAAGUUCAUCGGUGACAUUCAGGAUCUGUUCUCCGGCAGCAACACCACUUUAUCUUCGCUGUACUCCAGCAUAUGCUCGAUGGUUGAUCCGCAGAUGUGGUUACCACCGUUCAAGAGCGUCGGGCUGCUAGUCGGAUCACGUCACUUCAUGUCUUUUGACAAACGAUUCUUAUCGAUGGAUCUGCGUGAGAUGCAACAGGGUGGCCGUCUGAAUGAGUGUCGCUAUUUACUGGCACACGACUACCACAAUCGCACGCUAACAGUGCUGUUGGAACCAUCGGUUUUGAAAGACGGCCAGAACUCGCGUAAGGUAACGAUGAUCACGGAGGAUCAUACACUGGAGGUGGAUAUCUACGAUGCGACGGUAAAGAUCAAUCGCCAGGAUACGACCGCGCUGCCGGCACUCAUAGGCUCGGGAACGGUUGUCUAUCGGGAGUCGGACUCGUUGUACGUUCAGUCGGAUCGUGGUUUUCAGCUCACCUGCAGCCUCCGCUAUCAUCUCUGCUCGAUAGAGCUGAGCGGUUGGUACUUUGGUAAAUUGGCCGGUUUGCUCGGUACAAUGAACAACGAGCAGUUUGAUGAUCGCAUGACAGCGACCAACGUGUACAGCCGAACGGACCGCGAAUUCCUCGACAGUUGGGCCCUACCAGGAUGCAGUUCGCCAGUCGGAACCCCGGAUCACAAGCACAACUCAAAGAAUGCGUCUAGUGAGUUGAAGGAUCUAUGCGAAUCCUUUUUCCUCCAAAAGCAAUCUUACUUUGCGUCCUGCUACUCCGUGGUCGAUGUUACACCAUUCCACGAGAUGUGUUUGGAUCUAGGCAAUACACUGCGUAACAAGAGCGAGGUGACACCGUUGGAUCCCGGUGGUGCAUGUACGGCCGCGCUGGCGUACAUACAAGCGUGUCAACUCGAAGACAAGUUGCUACGCAUUCCUGACAAAUGUAUCAGUUGCCAGCUGCUGAAUGGCACGUUCGUUCCGGAGGGCAUGUUUGUGAAUCUGACCGACAACGCUGUUCCAGCGGCAGCAGAUAUUGUGUUUAUCGUGGAGGCCAAACCCUGUAAUGAGCGUUUCGUACAUAUGAAGAGCAUCAAAUUACUGGUGGAGGCAAUUACCCAAGAGCUGAAGGAGCUUAGUAUCUCCGAUACUCGCUUCGGGGUAGUUGCGUUCGGUGGUCCUGCACCAUUCGAUCGCCCGUAUAGUGUGGCGGUGGAGAACGCUGAUUUCGAGCGAAAUGAUCGCUUCGAACCCUUCCUCGAGCACAUUACGACCGGUAAUGGGACGAACGACGACAUUUUCAAUGCAAUCAUGAUUGCGUCAAAGCUCGUGUAUCGGCCUGGUGCAUCGAAGACCUUUAUUCUGUUACCGUGCUCACGCUGCCACAUGUCCCGAAUGCGUCUGGAUUAUUCAUCCGUGCUCCAGCAACUACUGGAGAAUGACAUAAAAUUGCAUAUCCUGGCUCAUCACGAGCCAUCGUUCAACAAGACGCGUGUAACGCGUCUGUUCUACGGUAUGGAUAGCCGAUUCGCUUACACGAAGAAGGACGUGAAGGAACUGGUGGGUGACAUGGAACUACGACAACAAAUCCGCUUACCCAAGGCAUCGCUAGGUGAGUGCGUAGCGUUGGCGAUGGAAACGAAUGGUUCCGUGUUUGGGGGCCACAACCUGCGACAGGAUCGGUCGGCCAACGCGAACAACGCGAAGAAGUUCAUGAAGGUAUUUGCGAAGCGCAUCGCGUCUACCGCCAUCCCGAGCCGCUGCCAGAGGUGUGAGUGUACCGGCCACAAUACGGGUGUUGCGUACAUGCAGUGCACGCUGUGCAGCUAUCCGAUGCCGUAUAUUGAUAUGGACGAUAUGUUGGAUGACGAGUUACUGGCUCUGUUGCAGCCUGAUGUUGAUUGGGCGGACGAAUAUGGAGAAGAGGUCUAGAGUAAUAGAGAAAGGAACUGUAAAGGAGGAGGAGGAGGAGAAAAGAUUUAAUUUUGCAUUGCUUCCCUCAAUACUAGUACACUUAUCACCUGUUGUUAUAGUGAUUAUAAGGAGUAAUAAAAAAAACCUUUUACAUUUUUAUGAUA